CGCUAGGGGAAUUUAUCAUUCAAUGCAGUUUGUAUGAUUGAAGUCUUUUUCCAAAUUCAAACAAUAUUCUUAUGUUUACACACAGAUUCAAAAGAUUCACUCAGAUUCAACACAUUACUGUGAACGAAUCGUCAUGAAUAUGAUGAAUCUGAUGAAUCUCGUGAAUCCAAAUUGAAAAUGGCGACAGAACUGUCAGUCGCCAUAUUGGAUUUCAGUAAACAAAAGAUUCAUAAGAUUCGUCAGAUUCACACCAUUUGGAAAGUGAGUAAUUCCCCUAGGUACAACGUCCAAUCAAAUUAAUUAAUAUUGACUCUCAUCAAUUCUUAUGGACACACUUGAUUUUUCCAUGAAAAAAAUGACUGAAAAUCGUUCGCAAAGUUCACAGUCGGCUGAGCUCAGUAACAAUGGAUUAAUUCUCAGUGAUAUACUCCUGCCAGUGGAAUUGAUUCAGCGCAUUUUGUGUUAUAUCGAUGCAGACACUGUGUUGAAUUGCCAACUGGUGUGCAAACAAUGGAACGAGAUCAUCAUGGAUUACGUUUGGCGUAAGAAAGCUGAAAUCAAAACGGGCUGUAAAAUUCCCAUGGAUAUCGAUUUAAAAUCACGCGAUUUUUAUUCCAUCUGCGCAAACAAUUUAUUUGACAGAAAUUUGGUGAAAAAUCAUUCUGGCGAAGAUGCUUUCAAACACUGGCAAAUCACUCAGAACCGUGGUAAUCGUUGGGCCAUUGAGUGUCCUCCGAUUGGUGCACCGUCACUUCCAUCAGAGCCCGAAUUUGAAAAUAAACAGCAUUGCUUCGUUACCUCUUAUGGCGAAUGCUGUAAAAACUAUACGGUUGAUUUGAUUAAAGAAGGAUUCACAGCCAAUAUUUUGGAUCAUUUGCAACCAUCGAUUAAGAUUAGCGAAUGGUAUAGUUGCCGAUAUGAUUGUCCAGCAGAGUAUACCGUACAAGUGUAUUUAUUGAGUCAAUCGGAUGUACAAAUUAAUGAUUUUACCUUCGAAGACGUCUUAGAGGGAGAUCGACAGAAUAUUUGGUUCAACGUGAAGCACGAAUUCAAGAACUAUGGACAAGGAAUAAAAAAAAUACAUUUUGUCCAUAGAGGCCGAGACCGACGUUUCUGGCGUGGGCAUUAUGGUACGAAAAUGGCGGGCGCGUGUGUUAAUGUCAACGUUCCAGAUGCGUUUAAAAAAUUAAAUUAAUUUAGGAAUUGCAUGUGACAAGAUUUUGUGGUAGUUUUUAAUGUGAGAACUGCCAAAACUGACCAUAAUUUCGUCCGUACUUUCCAGAGAAUGAAAUGAGCUAAUUUUGAUCUUUGAUUUUUUCAUUCAUUCCGUUUGAAGAUCUUCAAAUCUUUAUAUUGUCCAUUAUGAAUGCUAAACAGCCAGAAUUCAGAUGAUUUUUAACCAAAUCGAGUUAACAUGGACUAUUCCAUUUUUAUCUCCGCCAAGUGUUGAACAGAUUUAAUAUGUUGAUAUUUUAAUGUUUAAAAUAAUAAAAACUAUAAAAACAAUUUUAAAACAAGGAAAUAAAUAUAAUUUUCAUGUUGAUUCAUAAAAA